AUGGCCCGCCUCCUGCGUAAACGCCGAGACCGAAAAGAAGCUCUUGGCCAAGCUAAGGCCUUGGGCUCUCCUGUUCCUCGCGCCCAAUCAUACAAUCUCGUGGCCUGUACUUCUCAUAAUGCUAAGGCGGACGGUUGGAUCUUCUCGGAUUUCAUGGGAGCUUGCAUGCUUUUACUGGACAGGCAUGUAAAAGGAGACUUCUACUCUUGUUUCCCAGUCAAGGAGCAUUUUGAGUUCCUCGCCAAACAGCCCACUGCCAUUGACACCAUCAAGUUUGGUUAUUUUGGAAAGGAUCGGGCUGAGGCCCUGUAUCAAUACACCAAGGACCAGUUUGACAAAGGGGACAGAUGGUGGGUUCAAGUCAAGCCAGGCGAGAUUCGUCGCCGGAUCGACAGCUGGAUCAGUCAGAAGUCCAAGUUGGCGAGAGAUGGCGAUUUCGUCAACAUCUUCUUAGACGGACAUGGCCACCGGCGACAUGGCUUGAAAGCCGGGAGUGAAUACCUGCACCAGCAGGUAUUCGCCCAGCAAAUUUCGCAUUUCUGCAAGGGCGUGCAAGUCAACUUGAUCAUGGAUUUCUGUCAUUCUGGGUUAUUCAAAAAGGCAGUCGAGGUCUUAGAGAGAGAUGAUUGUUACAUUAUUACUUCAUGCGGCGCUCCAGGUCGCAGUUGGAGCAAUAAGCUCAGCGGGAGCGGCAGACACCGAAAUGGGAGGUUUGCCACGGCUCUCGUGCAUGCCUUUACGUCAGGUGGCCCGAAAACCCCUCCAUAUUCAAUCCAGGACCAAGAAGAUUCCAUUCGCAAUCGACUCACUCGCGACGUCACACCUGAAGCGACAGUGUCCUCCCCUGAAUUUUGGUCUGGAGACAGCGUCAAGCCAACUGAUUCCGUAGAUGAUAUUUUCUUCAGGAACAUGGUCAAUGUCUCAUCACACGGUCACUACGCCGCUGGUCGCAACAAGAGGGUUGAAUGGCCAACGACAAAUCAAGCAAUCCGAUCUAAACUUGGAAAUGCUACUGGACUUCCCCUCACAAACGCUGUUACAGCGGUGAGCAAGCUUGUCAAGGACGAAAUCUAUCUCUGCGAUGUUGACCUCGGCUACCCUCCAGAUAUGGAGGUUUACAGUCAAGUUUCGAGCACAGCACCCGAUUACCGGGGGUUGGUGCGAAACCUCUACUGGAGAGCCCGUCGCCAGUCCACCGUUUGGAACAUCUACUUGCUGCUUAUCGAGUAUGGGUUGAUCGACUUCAACGCCCUUGUCACCCCUAUGGACCUCCUGACGGUGUCCAACAACACCGACACCGUCGCUUACAUUCUCAGUUGCUUUUCGAAUGUCGACCAAGAUGUCACUCUGAUCGCAAAGGAUAAGAUUGCAUUCCAGGGUAAUGACUGGAGUGCAGACAUUGAAUGGCUCGCGACUCUGAUUGUGAGAGGCGGCUGCGAUUAUCUUGAAAUCUUCCAAGCCAUCAUCGACAGCAGGUACCUUGGUACUAUCAACGCAUGCGGCUCGGAUGCAUACAAGUCGCUUCAUCUGGAUCUUGACCAAAGUCGGAAUCUCCAAGAGCGCGAGGGAACAUGGACAGCCGGCGGAGAUAAAAGGCCGAACAGGAAUGUAUUUGGUUUCUGGCUUCCCCACGGUUUGAGCGUCGAAGACGCAAAGUGUUUGACGAAGAGCGGGCAUGGAGACUGCCUUGAUCGAUUUGAUGAGAUCGAGCGAAUGUUCUGCGAAACUGAGGGCAUUGCUCAAGCAUCCUUGUCCGAUGAUACUGGUGAGGAGGUCGUUGACAGCAUGGCGGAGAUUCCCAAAGACUUUAUCAGUGCUUGUUUGGUCUCUGAGGAUGACAUUAUCCCUUCGUGGCUUAAUGAUUUGAAAUUGAGGGAGUGA